AUGUGGUCCAUUACAACUGCAGAAGAAGCCGAGCUUUGUCCCUUGCUCUGUUCUCCGUCUCCAUACCCUCUAAUUCUCCAGAGAUAGAAAGAGAGAGUGGGUGUACUGUGUGUUUUCAGACCUCAUCACCCGAUCUUAACCUUUUUUCAUCUCCCCGUGACUCUCUGUUCACAAUAUGCUCCCUCUCUCUAUCACCCCCAAUCCCAAUCUCUCUAUUUUCAUGAUAAAUAUAAAUACACGCCAUCUCGGCUCUUGAUUUUCCCCUUUAUUCAGACAUUUACGCUUCUUGGAUAUUUCACAUUCAAAAUCCCACCUCAGAAUUUCUGGGUUUCUUUCCGUUUUCGAUGACACAGAUUGAUUAUACUCUGUUCUGGCACUCAUUCUUGGACUAAAAUGUCUCUUGUUUCUUCACUCAUACCACUGUUUUAGUGAAAGAAGCUUUGCUUUUUCUUUUUUUCUGGGAUAUACCUUUCGGGGAAGCCUAUGGUCUUUUCCCAUGCAAGAAAGACACUUUCUUCCAUGUUUGAUUACAUCAAGAUUGUCUCUUUAAGCUUUCUGCUGUCUUAAACCAUCAAUUCUUGAUUCCUCUUCACUGGGUUUUUGAAGGGUUUCUGCUAGUUUCUCCUAUCAUAAAACAGUGCUACAAAUUUUGGCUUUUACCACUUUUUUAUUAUUAGUCCAAGAAUUUGAUUGAUACUGAAAUUACAGUACUUUCAGGGUUUAGGGUUCUUGUACUUUCCCCACCUUUUCUUGAAUCCUUUUACUUCCUCAAACUCCACACCAAUCACCCCCUGAUUCUCCAGUUGUUGGCUAAAACUUGUCCUGAUCUCCCAACUUUCUUGUUUGACAUCUUCCUCACCAACUGGCCACACAUAAAAAACUCAGACAACCAGUGUCUCAGUUCUUGAAUUCAUACUGAGUUUCAUUUCCUUACAGUCAUUUGAGGAGCUUUCGUUUACUUCACCCAUGUCUUCUUGUCUGAGUGGAGGUGGGAGAGCAUACAGAUUAGACUCCCUAGACUUAGAGAUCAUCAAAUCCCCAUCAACUUCUUGGAUUUCAAACUCAUCCUCUCCAUCCUCCACUCUCUCUGAAUCCAGCAACUGCCCUCUUGCAAUCUCCACAAGAAAGCCCCGCACGCCCCGCAAACGGCCUAAUCAAACUUACAAUGAAGCUGCCGCCCUCCUCUCCACAGCCUACCCCAAGAUUUUCCCCACCAAACACCUCACAAAGUUCACAAAACCACACAACAGCAAGAACCCUUUCUCACUUGAGCCCUCAGACUUGCUCAUGAUUCCUUUCCCAACGAUCGAUAACUCUGAAUUCUUGCUACGCCGACCCCAUUUCGCCAAAGAGUUCAAUCUGUUCGAGAAACCGUGUCUUAGUCCGGGCGAGAUCAAUUCGUCGUCUGAAAUCUGCGACGAGUAUCAAGAUGACAUCGAUGCAGAGUCGAUACUGGAUGAGGAAAUUGGAGAGGGAAUCGACAGCAUCAUAGGGAAGAACGAGCCCGUCACCGACGACAUGAAUUCUCAUAACGCAAUGAACAAUUGUUGUUAUGGUUACCCUGUUGGCCUAGGAUUUGAAUUCGGGUAUGGGGUGAGAAGGGAGUUGAGAGCAAUGAGAAACGUCGAUGAGGGUGACUGGUGGAGGUUUCCUAGUGUGAAUGUGGCUGAUAUUGCUCCGACGACAAGCAAGAUUCCGGCGGAGAAGAAGAAGAAGAAGGUGGCGGAGUUGGUCAAGAACUCGGAACCAGCUAAGGAGAAGCCGAUUUCGACACUGAUUAGAUCAAACAAGGAGAUUAAUUCAGCGGGUAAAGAUCAUCAUAAAGAGGAGUCGUGUGUUCCUCAACAGAAUGGUGGUGGGCUGCUCUUGAAAUUGAACUACGACGGCGUCUUGAACGCGUGGUCCGAUAAGGGUUCUCCGUUCUCCGGCGACGCUCCGGGGGCUGAGUCCGCCGCCGCCGGCACUGAUGUCCAAGCGAGGUUGGCGCAGAUAGACCUGUUCUCGGAGAACGGAGGUGUGAGAGAGGCUAGCGUGCUACGCUACAAGGAAAAACGGCGUACCCGCCUCUUCUCUAAGAAAAUCAGGUACCAGGUCCGCAAAGUCAACGCUGAUCGACGGCCCAGAAUGAAGGGACGAUUUGUCAGAACACCAAACUCACCCGACGAUUAGAGAGAGAGAGAGAGAGAUUUUGGUAUUUUUGUAGUUUAUGUUUGAUUUGAUUGGUUAUUUGGAAAUUACAGUGGAGAAAUGCAGAGUAGCAAAGGAGUAGGAAUUGAGUCUUUUGUUUUUGUUGGAGAUAAUUAUAUGUGGUCUAGUCUUUGAAGAGGAGGGUGAGGGCGAGGGCGAGGGCGAGGGCUAAUAAUACAUUUCGCUACUUCUAAAAAUACUUAUAUUAUUCAAUAUUCCAUAUUAAUAUUCCUUCACCACCAUCUCUUA